CAUUGUUUUUGCAGAACUUAGUGUAGUCAACACAUGUGAUAAUGGAAGUUACUAUAGUGAUUGUACAAUAAAAAGAAGUCUUAUAAUAAACAAUACCAUGAAACUUUCAUAUAAAGCACUGGGAAAACAUCUAGCUUCACAACAAUUAAAUCUUAUUAAUAAAUUUCACAAUUUUGAGGAACUACAAGUAACAUUAAAUCAAUAUUCUGAUAUGCCUUUUUGCUCUGGAAUAGCUGACAUCGAUGGUGUGGAUUUGGUAAAAAACAAAAUUGGAUACAUGGACUGUUUUGACAAAUUACGACAUAAUAACUGUCACGUAUUACUGACUUUACCUGGAAAAUGUAAAGUAUGUAAAAACGUUCAAAAAACUGUUAGUCAAAAAAGACGCCGUAUGUCUAAAAGAAAUACAGAAAAAAAGAAAACUAGCUGUUCUAAUUUUACUGACAAAAACGUUUUGCAUAUUUGGAAAAAAAGAAUCCGAGCACAAAGAGGUGUGAUAAAACGUGCAAAAAAUACAAUUGAUAGAUUACGAAAUCGUGUUGAUGAAAUGAAAGCAGAGUUAAGUAAUACUGAUAUAAAAUCUGUCCUCCAAAAAUGCACUGAUCACCAAAUUCCAAAUAUACAGCGGACAUUAAUUGAACAAAUUGUAGCAUCGUCUAAAGUUAAAAGUGUAAAAGGGCGACGUAACAGUGAAGACUGGAUGAUGCUAUGCAUUUUAAUGCAUAUUCGUUCUCCGAAGCAAUAUAGACAUUUGCAAAAUUUAGGUUUAUUGCCUUUGCCUUGUGUAAGGACUGUCCGUCGAUACCUAUCUCUUAUAAGUACAAAGUGCGGUUUUGAUGACAAAUUUUUUGAAUUAUUCAAAACUCAUCUUGAUAAGAAACAACCUUUACAAAAACAAGGUGUUAUAUUGAUAGAUGAAAUAAGCCUUCGAGAAGCAGUUUCUGUUAGUUCGUCUACACUAACUUAUCAAGGUUUAGUCGAUUGUGGCGAUGAAGGCAAAAAAGCAAGUACAAUUAAGGAAAAAGCCAAAAGUGCUCUAGUGGUGAUGUUUCAGCCCUUAGCUGACACUUAUACGCAACCUGUUGGUGUUUUCGCUUCAAGUGGUCCUGUGCAUGGUGUUGAACUAGCAAAAAUUGUUACUAAUGCUGUCAUAAAAUUAGAAAAAGCUGGAGCAAUAGUACAUGGAGUCAUAAGCGACGGAGCAGAAACAAACAGGAAAAUGUGGAAGGAGUUCGAAAUCAGUGGAAAAUUAUCUGAAACGACAACUUGUUGUGCAGCAUCCUGUUAAACAAGAUCGGAAAUUGUUUUUCUUUUCUGAUACACCUCAUUUAAUUAAAAAUGUUCGAAACCAAUUA